CUAGGAGUCGACAUAACGUUCAAAUUCCUCCUCUGGAAGUGAGUUAUUUAUGCGAUUAUGGUCUAUCUUUGGUCGGAUGUAGACUUAUUGUUUGCCCCGGAUCAUUAGGGAAGCUGCGUCGUUUCUAGCAAUAGAUAUAGGUUAUCUAAAGCACGGUAGCAGCAGAUGUCGGCAGCGGGGGCUAGGCUGGAGUAGCGGUCGGCCUCACAGCAACACAGAAUGGGGCGGCGUUGAUUGCUGCGUUACGCGUCUACCGGUCAAGUGAGGAAGGGGAUUGCUCGGGGAAGACUGAAUCAGUCGACCGUGAGAUGUGACUGAGCCAUGUCCUUAAGUGUGAGUACCACGAUUUCCCCUCCUGUGUCUCCCCUAGUGACGCUCAAUGAGACCACGGUUCGGUAUCCGGAAAAUCCGGAUCAGACUGAGAAGGAUAUCUCGGAAGUGAUGGAGAAGUUGAACGAGAAUCUUCAACUCCCUCCGGAUUAUUUCGUGAGGACCCCCUUCUUCUGGCGCUGGCUCGUGCCCUACGGUCUCUUUCUCACCAUGAUGUCUUGGCUGGCACCUGACCUGAUCCCAACUUAUUCGCCUCUAGGAGCCUUGGCCUCUUACCUAGGAACUGCUGCCAAUCGACUCAUGGGCAUCAUUUUCACGGUGGCAGUGCUCCUGCACGUGACGGAAUCCGGUAUGGCCCUCCAUUUGGCUCUCUACACCUACAACCUGAACCGAGAGGUCGUCUUUCAAUGGUGGCUUCAGACCUUGCACUAUGGCAUCUUCUCCCUUUGGUACCUUCUCAAGCCUCGAGUUCAAGAUAUCAAGAAAGCCUCGUGAAUCCAUAACGCCUUUCGUGCUAUUAAAUUAUGUAAUGCUGUCAUGACUGAAUGCUUCCAGAAUAAUAUGAAGGUGUAUGAUACCUAUGGAUACAUUCAUUCGUACAUGCAAUGCACGUGACUUUCCUUUUUGGAAACGAGAACGUGUGUUCCAGGUGCGAAUUUCCUUCUCGA